GAUGUAAACGGAAGUUGCGGAAGCAGCUUCCGCAGCAGGCCAGCAGCCACGCGUGUGAAGAAUAUUCACCGUCUCCGUAAACAUUGCUCGACGAAGAUGGAUAUCACUGAAGUUCCUGUGACGCGGAAAGGCAAAAGCAAGAAAAAGAAGGAUACAAAUGAUAAGGCGAACAGUGCAGAACAGACAGACAAGAUGCAAACCGACGUCGUCGAAGUGAAAGAAGAGAAGACCGAGGCUGCAACUGUCGCCUUCCCACCUAUGUUCAGUUUGUCUGAAAUCAAGAAUAAACAGCGAAGACACUUAAUGUUUAUAAAACACAAGCAAGAGAAAAGAAAGCUAAAGCUCGAGCUGAAGAAGAAGAGGAAAAGACAAGAAAAACUAUUGGGUAACAAGGCACCACCUAAACAGGUCCCCAAGACAAUAGAAAACCAGAGAGUCUACGACGAAACGGCAGUUGACCCGGAAGAUGAAGAGGUUGCAUUUGAUGAGGGAACAGAUGAAUUUUCUGCCUACUUCAACGGCCUAACGAACCCCAAAGUUCUAAUCACGACGUCAGACAGACCCAGAGGGAGGACGGUAAAGUUCUGCCACCAGCUGGCAACCGUGAUCCCAAACGCAUACGUCUACUACAGAAGAGGCUUGGCUCUCAAGAAGGUUAUUCCCCAGUGCGUUGCCAGGGACUUCACGUUCCUUGUCGUCGUCAACGAGGACCGCCAAAUGCCGAAUGGUUUGGUUCUUUGUCACCUGCCUGAAGGACCCACUGCACACUUCAAGGUCAGCAGUGUUCGACUACGAAAGGAAAUGAAGAGACGAGGUAAGGAGCCAACAGAGCAUCACCCAGAGGUGAUCUUGAACAACUUCACCACACGUUUGGGCCACAGCAUCGGCCGGAUGUUUGCUGCCCUUUUCCCCCAAAAGCCCAAUUUUGUGGGUCGGCAAGUGGCCACCUUCCACAACCAAAGAGACUUCAUAUUUUUCCGAUUUCACAGAUACAUCUUCAAAAAUGAGAAGAAGGCCGGCAUUCAGGAGCUGGGUCCUCGUUUCACGCUUAAGCUUCGCUCUCUGCAGAAAGGCACCUUUGAUUCCAAGUUUGGCGAGUAUGAGUGGGUCCUCAAGCGCCAUGAAAUGGAUGCCUGCAGGCGCAAAUUUCAACUGUGAAAACAAAAUCAUCUCUCCUGUGAUUAUUACGCAAGGACUGAUCCGUUGAUCCCACAAUUGUUUGCUUUUAUUCAAAAUGACUACAUUGUGCUUAUCAUGGAUUUUGAAACUAAUUGACCAAACUGCUGACGCAGUUACCCUAUACAGACAAAACAGAUGCUCUGCGUUUUAGUGACUCUCACUUGAACGAUCAUAAAUACCGACAUUGGGUUAACUAUUUGAUGAGUUUUCUGAUUGGUUUGUUGCAAAACAAAAACAUUUAUGAAAAGAUUAUUUUCAGAGAGCAAGAGGGAAAUGUGUGAACAUUUAUUUUAAGUCGGCAAUGGCCACUGCACAACAAGGCAUGUUUGGGGGGGGGGGGGGUAUAUGGUUAGUUAUUUUUUAUGCACAGAAAGUCCACAAUUGACGAUGCACACAACACAAUGGCAUUUCUGGGUUA